AUGGAGGCAAUAGACUGGCAAGAGGCAAAGGGAGGGCGGAUAAGGGAGAAGAGAGGUCAUCGAGCUUGCUACACACUCUCGCGAACCUCGCCUUUCGGUGAGCAUGUUACAUGCUCUCGCGUAACGGAGAACUUUAUAUCUAAACUCCAUGCCGUGAAACCCCACUUUCCCCUCUCCUCAUCCCCUCGCUCUCUCCUCAUCCCCCCCGCGCUCUCCUUGUUCUCCCCCCUCCCUCUCCUCGCCUCCCCCCGCUCUCCCCUCAUCAACCCCCGCCCUCCCCUCAUCAACCCCCCCCGUUCUCCCCUCAUCUCCCCCGAUCUCCCCUCAUCCCCCUCCGCUCUCCCCUCAUCUCCCCCGUUCUCCCCUCAUCCCCUCUCCGUCUCACCCUCAUCCCCCUCCGCUCCCCCCUCAUCUCCCCCGCCCUCCCCUCGUUUCCGCCUGCUCCCGCCCCCCCUGUCCUCCCUUCAUCUCCUCAUAUUCCCUUUGCCUUCCCUCAUCCCCCCCACUCUCCCCUCGUCUUUCUUCCCACUCACCCCUCAGCUCUACUCCUGUUUACCCCUCAUACCCCCUCCGAUCCCUUCCUCCCUUUCGCCUGAAGUGGCAUGGGCCAACCUUCUUGGAGUUACCGUGGUGCAACCUGGCCUGGAGCGGCAUGGGGCAUCAUUCCUAGGGUCACGGAGGUGCAACCUGGGUAACCCCUUCCCCCUCUGCUUCUCCCCUCCCUUAUCACCCCUACCCACUCACCCCUCAUCUCCCCCACUCCCCUCAUUUCGCAUGAGCCUGAAGUGGCAUGAGACAGCAUUCUUAGAGUUACCGAGGUGCAACCUGGGUAACCCCUUUCCGCCUCUGCUUCUCCCCUCCCUUAUCAACCCUACCAACUCACCCCUCAUCUCCCCCACUCCCCUCCUUUGGCAUGAGCUUGAAGCGGCAUAA